GCCAGCUGUAAUGUAAUUUCUGGUGUGUGCUGUUCGGUUGUGGUCAUUGCAACUGGGUCGCUAUGUUCGCCUCUCUGUAAAACUGAUCUUGGUGUUAUUUGUGAGUUCUCUCUCCCCCCCAUCCCGGAAAUACACCGUUUUCAUUGGAGACAUUUCUUCUUCAAAAAGUAAGAUGCGGUGUAAUUCUCCAUAUCAAGCUGCAGAAAUGGGAGACCCACGCAAUGUUGAAAUCAUGGGAAUUUAUGAGUCAAUAUUAGAAAGGAAACGUCAUGACAGCGAAAGGUCCUCUGGCAGUACGUUGGAACAGAAUGAUAUCGAAGCUGUAGAGGCUCUUGUUUGCAUGAGUUCCUGGGGUCAAAGGACACAAAAAGGGGAUCCCUUAAAAAUUCGCCCCUUGACACCUGCUUCAGACACAGAUUCUGUGCACUGUGAAGCUGUACCUCCUAUGUUGCAGAAGGACUACCACUCAUUGUCUUUACUUUGUAUGACCCCACCGCACAGUCCUGGUGUCGUUGAAUCAGGUAAUGCUGCCUCGGUGACGCAACUUACUUACACGAAGCCAACCACAGUCACUGCAAACACCGGAGUAUAUUCAGUCAACACCAUGAUUGGAAAGCCUGCCUUAGUGAACAUUCAGGAGUUUUCAUCUAAGAAACCUCCAUCAGCUGAGCCAACUGUUCCAAAUCAUUGCAGGUCAGUAGCCACCAGUGUCAUCCGUCACACUGCUGACAAUUCUCCCUGCAACCACAUUCCUUCAUCACCUCUGACUGAAAGACUAGACUCAAACAGCCAAAAUGUUAGGACAGAAGUGAAAGGAAAAUUAUCAAGCCGCUGUAAGCACACGAAGGACACAUGCACUUCGACAGAGUUUACAAGUAAAUGCUGUUUGCAGCAGAAUUUCAAUGGCCCAGUUAUCAAGGACCAACAACAAAUAGUGCCAUCCUUAAUUCUGCCUUGUGCACCAAACAAAGUUGAUACUGAACAUCAGAAAUUAGCCAAGUCAUUGCCAACACACUUACCAUCUAUACCUGUGACAAACUCUCCAGUUAUUUGUCAAAUGUUUCCAGUGAAUGGAGGAGGACAAGGAAGAGGGGGAGGGCAUGUUAUUUCAACAUUCAUCCAAACGCAGGCCAAAGCCUGUGUAAAGCCUGCAGUUACCCAGAUGGCUCCAGCUUCUCAACCUGUUUUAGUGGGAACAACCAUGCAACCAGGGGCUGUGAUGUUUGUGCUACCCCAACCCUCUGUCACUCAACCAUCUUCAGGUCAACAGACAGUAAUGACAGUCGGCAACACAAAGUUACUGCCACUUGCACCCGCUCCAGUCUUUGUCUCGUCAGGCCAAAACUGUGUACCUCAGAUGGAUUUCUCGCGAAGACGCAAUUACAUUUGCAGCUUUACUGGAUGCAGGAAGACCUACUUCAAAAGUUCGCACUUAAAAGCACAUCUCCGAACUCACACAGGGGAGAAGCCAUUUAACUGUAACUGGGAAGGUUGUGACAAGAAGUUUGCACGCUCAGACGAGCUUUCACGACACCGCAGAACUCACACCGGAGAAAAGAAGUUCAUAUGUCCUGUUUGCGAUCGACGUUUCAUGCGUAGCGACCACCUCACCAAACAUGCUCGACGUCACAUGACAACAAAGAAAGUGCCCAACUGGCAGGCUGAGGUUAACAAACUGAAUAAAAUUGCUUCCUCAGGACCAUCUGUCAGGAAUCCUGUCACCCCCAUGGCCAGUUCAAUGAUCCCUCCACCGACCUCUGCCCAAAUGAGAGAACCUACAGAGAAAGUUUGCACUAUGUUGUCAGAAAUUUAAAAAUUGACUAAAUUGCCAGCAGGAACUGAAAAAGCAGCUGUUGUCUGAUGGACUUUUAAAGCAAUUCUAAAUGCUGCAUGUUUACUGGGUUCGCAAGUAAGAAUUUAUUUCUCUUUCCUGUGUAUGUGAGUAGUAACAAGAUACAUUUGCAAGCCGGUUGGACAUGAAAAUCUGACAAGCCUCUAAGGGUUGAAUUUUCCUUUCAUUCGUACCAGUGAGAUUCAACCACUGUUCAGCAUGGAAAGUUAUCAUCAUAUUGUAAACCUUUAGGUGUGUUGUAAAUAGUAUUUGCUAUGCAUAUUGUAUACUUCCUCUAUUUAAUAAACCAAUUUUCACAUAUGACAGAUAAAAA